GGCAGGGCAGGGCAGGGCAGACCAGACCUUUUCUCCUUCUUUACCCAUCCAUCAUCCAUCGUUUCAACUUCUCUCUCUAUUUCUACGCUCUUCUCUCUCUCUUCUGUUAUCCCAUCCCCCGCUGUGAUCUUGACCUUGAUCUUUGAUCUUUGAUCAAUCGUCACCCAUCAGCUGCAGCUCUUCCGCUGUUGGUUAGAGGGAGGAGAAAGGAGAUUGCUUUGCUUUACAAUGAGGAGGAGAUGACGAGGGUUUCAGGAAGAACGAGGAGAGGAAGGAACCGGCACCAUUGGGAACUGUGUGGAUUGUGAGAGAGGUGAAGGAGAAGAAGGCGGAGUAGGAGGAAAGGGAAGGAUGGAGGAUUUGGAAGGGUUGAUAGAGAGGCUGUUAGAGGGGAGGAGGAACAGGGGGAAGCGAAUCCAGCUCUCCGAGGCCGAAAUCCGACAGCUUUGUGCUGCUGCCAAGCAAGUCUUCCUCUCCCAGCCCAACCUUCUCGAGUUGGAGGCCCCCGUCAACAUUUGCGGUGACAUACACGGGCAAUACUCAGACCUGCUCAGACUGUUCGAGUAUGGUGGUUUCCCACCUGACGCGAAUUACCUCUUCCUUGGGGACUAUGUGGACCGAGGGAAACAGAGCAUAGAGACCAUUUGCCUCCUCUUAGCAUACAAGAUCAAGUUCCCGAACAACUUCUACCUCCUCCGAGGAAACCAUGAGUGUGCCUCCAUUAACAGAAUUUAUGGUUUCUAUGACGAGUGCAAGAGACGGUUUAGUGUCCGUCUAUGGAAGGCUUUCACCGAUUGCUUCAACUGUUUGCCUGCUGCAGCAGUAAUUGACUGCAAGAUCUUGUGUAUGCAUGGUGGGCUAUCGCCAGAACUGGAGAGCUUGGAUCAGAUCAAGGCUAUAGAGAGGCCCAAUGAUGUGCCCGAUCAGGGGUUAUUGUGUGAUCUACUCUGGGCCGAUCCUGAUCGGGACAUCAAAGGAUGGGGUGAGAAUGAUAGGGGAGUAUCCUUCACCUUUGGGGCAGAUAAGGUGGCUGAGUUCUUGAAGAAGCACAACCUUGAUUUAAUUUGUCGGGCACAUCAGGUGGUCGAAGAUGGGUAUGAAUUUUUCGCGGACAGGCAGCUGGUUACUAUAUUUUCAGCUCCGAACUAUUGUGGGGAGUUUAAUAAUGCAGGCGCAUUGAUGAAUGUGGAUGCAAGUUUGCUCUGCUCAUUUCAGAUCCUCAAGCCCUGUGGAUGAAUCUUUCUGCAAUUCUGAAGACACAAUCUUCUGUACAGAGGAAGAAUCUCCACUUCCUCCAAUUGCGAGAUCGAUGAUCUGCUCGUUUGUGUUUCCAUUGUUUACUUUAGUCAGAUUAAAACUCCAUGGUCCCAACCUCGUAAAGCAAAGCAAAAUGUAACUGACCAUAAGGAGUCAUUGAAAGCUUUGCAAUUGUACAGAAGAGCUCGUAGAGGAUUCGAAAUUUUUAUCUUCUGAAAGGAAAUGUUCUGGAGUUCGCUUACGGGAAUGGAUUUGGAAAGCAAUGUGAAGAAGUAACUUAGGUUGCUUUGGUGACAUGUAAAGCAAUUAUCCUAUGCGGUAUGUUCUGUGUUUCGUUAGCUAUUAGAACAUUCCUAUGUAGCAGAUACAAAUUCCCAUUUCCUCGAUUAAACCUGAGAGCUGGGGUUAUGAAAAGAACCGAAAAUGUCGAGUAUGAAGUUAUGCCGAAUGUAGAAAUUGAUUUACUGUC